CUCAGUUCUGAACAGGUAUUAACACCCUAUACUAAUGUAGAAGUGGCUUCAGAAAGGGACAGAGUUACUCUCUCUUGUAACUACACCUCUGAUGUCAGUCUUCAAUGGUAUCGACAAUAUCCCAAAUCAGCACCACAGUUAGUGGUUAUGGAGUAUGUGGAUAAUACACCAGGGUUAAUUCUAAAUCAUGACAAAAAGGACAAACGUGUGGAUCUGGAGAUCUCCUCUGCUGAGGUGACAGACUCUGCUCUGUACUACUGUGCUCUGAGACCCACAGUGACAGGAAACCCAGAAACACUGUACAAAAACCUAGAACAUCUGAUUGAGGGGAGAAAAUUAUCAACAGGCACAUUAAUUAAUUAGUCCAAAACACUGAGGCCUAGAUUCAAUCAGAACAAGCACUUGCUGUGUCGGAGGUGUAACUGCGUUGUAGAUGUCAAAUCGGUGAGCAGCUGCUCUUGAUCGUUGUCACAAACCCUAACCUGGUCUGACUGCUUUUCAUAUUAUUCUGUACGUAAAUAUUUAGUAUGAUAUGUUAGGUUUCGUAUGGUAUGUAUUAAUUUGUGGAUGUCCAUCAUCCAUUUUGUAUGAUAGGUUAUGAAUUACAAUUCUAACCCUAACCCUAUCUUUGGCAGUAGGUGGAGCUACAACAUUUUCUCCAAUCGGCAAGACUGAAACAUUGCAACAGAGUGAGAUAUUCAACUCUGCAUGUAUUGUUUGACAGCUCUAACGCAGUUCCACCUCUGACACCGCCAAAACAACCGCUAUGCGGAUGUGGCUAAAGUGGAUCUGAUUGAAAAGAGUCCUAAACCCUUCUGUCCUAGCCAGAACCCUAGUCUAACGCGAGCUUCAUGUCCACACCCCAGAUCAAUCCUAACCUUAGCCAUAACCCUAAACCUAACCCUAACCCUAAAUUCAUGUCUAGAUCAAUUAUUAAUUUCAAUUGUUUUUCUUCAUAAUGCAGUAUAACAUGAAUAGAGUAGUAUUGUUAACAAAUAAUGAAUGCAUCAACCCUACAAUGUACAUUAAACAAGGAUUGCAUGGCACACACAGAAACAAAGCUUGUUGUCCAUCACCCGCUGUGUUUUGGCAGUAGCUGGAGCUACAACACUUUCUCUAAUCAUCAAGACUGACAGAUUGCUACAGAGAGAGAUAUUCAACUCUGCCUAUGUUGUGCCAGAGUCUUUUUGAUACUGUGUCUAUCAGCUGUGUUGCUGCUUCAUCAUUUCUCCUCCUCUCAGUCCUUGUUGGUGAGUGCUGUACUCAAUUUGACCUUUUUAAUUUAUACACCAGAAUGUAUUUCAAAGUUGUCAAAAAUACAAUUAUAUUUCAGAUUUGAGUAUCACUAAAUUGUGUUAUGGUUAAGGGAAAAGGCAUUAUCAACAGACCAAAAAGUCAAAAAGAGCAGCAUGUUUUUCCUUUUCUAGCAGUUUUGAAGAUGACAAACCCACUAGGUCUAAGAUGGGUGGUGUGGAGGGUGAUCCCACCACACUAUCCUGCAGCUACACUGGCUCUAUAAACAAUCUACAGUUGUAUCAUCAGUAUCCCAGGGCUAAACCAGAGUUCCUGAUUCUCAUCACGAAAUCAGGACAUGUCCAGAAACUUGUCCCUCCUCGCCUUUCAGCUCAGGUUCGUACAGACCGUGUAGAUCUGGAGAUCGUCUCGACUGAAGUGACAGACUCUGCUCUAUACUACUGUGACAUGGAUCCCACCGUGACAGGAAACACUUCCUCAUACAAAAAGCUGACAGUCUGACACAAAGAUGUGGGAUGUAGGAUUUUUGUUUAGAAUUCACUUCAUCCUUAUCAACAUACAAUAUUAUACCAUUCUUACCAUUAAGGUUUAUUUGCAGAUUAUUCAUAUGGUAUAGCAUGGUAUAGUAUUGUGGAUCUAUAAAAAUAAAAUAAAAUAAACAUUUCCAAGCCAUAUUAUGAAUCAUAUUAUAAGGUUUAUUUGCAGAUGAUAUAUACGGUAUUGCAUUGUGGAUCCAUUGAAAAAACAAACAAUAGCAUUCCCUAUCCAUUUCCAGAUCAAAAUUAAAUAUAAAAUUAGAUAAUGAGGGGGUCAAUAGGAACUGACAGUUUGUGGUUUUACAAACAUCUGCUAUUUUGUUUGACCACAUCGACAUCAAGUGGAGUCUCCAGUGCAUAAAUCAUUUGUGAACUGUUAUCACAAUAUACCAAAUCAGCACCACAGUUACUGGUUAUGGAGUAUGUGGACAAUACACCAGGGUUCACUCUAAAUCAUCACAAAAAGGCCAAACGUGUGGAUCUGGAGAUCUCCUCUACUGAAGUGACAGACUGUUCUGUUGUACUGCGCUUUGCAGCCCAUAGUGACAGGAAACACUUCAUCAUACAAAAAGCUGACAGUCUGACACAAAGAUGUGGGAUGAAGGCUUUUUGUUCGGAAUGAUCUUCAUCCUCAUCAACAGUGACACAAUAUUAUACUAUUCUUAUUGAAUGUUUAUUUGCAGAUGGUACAUACGGUAUAGCAUGGUAUAAUAUUGUGGAUCUAUUGAAAAAACAAACAAACAACAACAGCAGCAAAAACAAGACAUUUUCAGACAGAAAUGAAGUCUAAAAUUAUCUGAGGCCAAUAAGAGCUGAAAACCCUUAACCACAAACCACAGAAGAAGAGUUACAUAUCCAGUUAUCAGAAGAGGGGCCUCAUAGUCAAACACUGGUAUAGGCUGGGUAUACCUGCAACCAUGAGAAUGUCUCUGUAGAGGAUCUACUCAGCUCUCUCACUGUCUUAUUUACAUUUUAGUCAUUUAGCAGACGCUCUUAUCCAGAGCGACUUACAGUUAGUGCAUACAUUCUUUUUUUUUUUUCAUACUGGCCCCCCGUGGGAAUCGAACCCACAACCCUGGCUUUGCAAAUGCCAUGCUCUACCAACUGAGCUACAUCGCUGCCGGCCACUCCCUCCCCUACCCUGGACGACGCUGGGCGAAUUGUGCGCCGCCCCAUGGGUCUCCCGGUCGCGGCCGGCUACGACAGAGUUACAACUGCACAGUUUUACAGUUACAGAAGUUAUUUGACCACAUCUUUUUGCAGGAAACCAUUUUUGGGAUUCAAUAAACCCUGUGACUACUAAAGAGCUUGUUCAGGAGGGAAGGAAUGUCCAUCUCUACUGCAAACAUGAUGGCACUGUCUACAAUCUACAGUGGUACCGCCAAUAUCCCAGAUCCAAACCAGAAUUCAUAUUGUACAUCACACCAGAGGGGUCUAUAUUUAAAGCUACUCCCCCACAUCCUCAUCUGACAGUUUCCAUUGACAAAGUGGACAAACGUGUGGAUCUGAAGAUUUCUCUGCUGAAGUGACAGAGUCUGAUCUUUACGACCGUGCCAUGAAGACCACAGUGACAGGAAACUCUGACACACUGUACAUCCUGUACGACAUACAGUACCAGUGAAAAGUUGACACACCUACUCAUUCAAGGGACUAUAUCUCGUGGAAGGAUGAAAUAGUAUGAAUAAAUUCAUCAAAAUAACAUUUGUAGUGAAAAUAUGUCAAUCAUUAUUUGAAUAUGUUGGUAACCCGUUGUAUAAAAGUGAAAAUGCCCUGGAAGUUGUUGUUUGGAGGAUAUAUUGGCACGAGACGAACACUCUCGGGAAUUAUCACUUAAUUAUUGCUCUCAACAUGGACCUGCUCAGCGGUCUGGUCCUCUGGUGUUAAAUCAUGUACUGCACUCUUUAGAGGAGCACAAACAUAGCUAAAGCUAUCUAACUGUCUGUUAUGGGCCAGGCAAACAUAAAAAGGCUCUUCCACUGUUUUGGUCUGGGUCACUAGAUAUGAAAAGGAAUUAAAGUUCAUUAUUCUUGUGAGGAUUUACUGGCUUUAUUCUCAGAACUUCCUCAACAUUUAAAUGCAGUCAGCAAUGUGUAGGUAGAGUAUAAAGGGUCUUUCUUUAUAUUUACCCACAAACAGCCGUUUCUGCAGCUCCUGGCUGAUCUUCAGGUGAGGUACCUUCUUAUCCUACAUGUGCUGCCCACUACACCUUCUGAAGGAUGGGUUGAUCAGGCCCAAGUGAGCCAGGUGGCUUAUCCACUGUUCCUCCCUCUCCAACCACAACUACUGAGAUGUUCUCUCUGCCUCCUGAUCAGUUAUAUGACAGAUCUUCUUUGUCUGUGCUCCUCCUGUAGACUGCCCUCCACAGUUACAGUAUGAAGUCCAGUGGCAAGGUUUCUCUAUGUAUAAUAAUGACACAAUAGUUUAAUCUAGUGUUCAACAUUCUGCCCAACAAGGUGAAACCUUGACAUUGCUUGUAUUUUCAAGGGUAAAUUACAAGUGAGAGUCAAUAGGUGUCAGUGGAGUCUCAUCAAUUUGCUCCUGUUCCUUUAAAUGAUGCAUGCAGCAUGUCAACACUUUACAGGUGUCUGUGUUGUAUAAUUUCCCCCACCAAACAGAAUAUACAUUCAUUAUGUUUUAACCCUUUCUUGUCACAAUUGCAUAUUCUGUUUCUGCUCUUGUAUUAUUAUAUGAACAGACUGUGGUUUUCCAAAGUGCAUUCAGGCAGAGUCAACUGUAUAAUUACUAAAUUGUGUAGAACAAUAUAUAAUAUAGGGCUUAAAAAACAAUAUAAUACAUUCCCUUGAAGCAUUUACUUUAAAGGAUGAAGCAGUACAUCAGACACAUACAACACACUUCAAUAAAAUCAACACUUGAAAUGUAAUUAAUUGUAAGAGUGAAUUUAAUAACUAUAAUAGUAUAAAAACAAUGCCAUUGGUUGGUUAAGGUUAAGGUCGGCUCUAGCCCAAAUUCUAACACUACCUUCUUGUCCACCUAUUGAAUUGACCAUGACCCUAGAAUUAACCCUAACCCUAGCUUCAGUUGGCACAAAUAAUGAAAAACAUUAGGAGAAGCAGGAUUAUGAGGAAGGCAGUUUUCUACUUGAUUAACUCCAGGCAGGAGUGAGAGGUUUAUUUUAUGGACCAAAUCGAGGGACAACAACCAAUGCGUAAUAGGCUACAUGGUGAUGCCAUUGACCAUCAUUAACGUUAAUGUGCACUGCGAUGACAGGGAUUGUUGCAUCCCUUGUCAAUCAUUGGUAUCAAUAAUAAAACAAUCAUCAGUUGACUCUACUACUGUUUUAAAUGAAUUGUAAAGAUAACUCUUUGUGGCAUUGGUCAGCAUAGCCCAGGUCUAUAUUGGACUGGUUCAUAGGCUACAGUGGUCUGGGCCUUUCUUUCUGAUUUUGUUACAAACCCUUGCUGGAUAUAUUAUUUUAUUUUAUUCGUCAGAGGAGCUCAAUUUGGCCUAAACAUAAAAUAUAUUUCUCCAAGGCCCAUAACAACUACCAAAUUAGAAUUUUCAAAGGACUUGGAGAAGAAGGUAACAUUCUUUAAAGGAGACAUUUCAUGGUACCAAAUAUAUCACAUUUAAAAAGGAAUCCCUUUAGCAGUUCAACUAAACAAUUGAAUAUGCCAUAUGCUCCUCCCCUACUGCAGAGCCCAACAAUUAUGAGACUUCUCAGCUACAGUGGAUGGAACAUAAAGUCUAUAACAGUCUAUUCUUCCUCUAUAUAUGAAUCAUAAUGGCCCCUUGGCUUAGGAAUACUUUACUUAUCCUCGCUGCAUGCUAUUUUGGUACGUUAUAGUGCUUCUCCUUUCUACAUUCUCAUUCUCUGAAAUAUUAAUUUUUCAGAUUGCAAAGGUGAAGAUGCUGUUGACCAGCAGAGUGGACAUGUUACUGCCCUUGAGGGAUGACUGGUAACAUUCAGCUGUAACUACACUACCAGUAGUCCAUCUCUUGAUCUCUUCUGGUACAUCCAGUUAACUAGGGACUAUCCUCAGUAUGUCCUGAGAUGAGAUUGUUAUUCAGAAGGGAGAAAUAGUGAUGAGUUCAAGAAGAGGUUUGAUUCCAGGCUGAAUUUCACAUCUAGCUCUGUCCCCUUGACGAUCCAGAGGUUGCAGCUGUCUGACUCUGCUGUGUACUAUUGUGCUCUGAAGCCCGCUGUGACAACAGGAUGGACAGCCCCCUUACAAAAACAAUUUGAUAGUGUGAUAUAAGACUCUUAGAGGGCCUAGUUUAAGCUCCUCCUCAAUACUUCCUAUAAGAGAGUUAAAGCAUUCAAAGACAUACAAGUGUGUUUCCUCUCUCCUCAGCUACCCAUCUCACAGAAGACAUGGAAUCUUGGCUGAAGAAUAUUCUGAUUCUUGCUGCUUUUUGUUGUGGUAUGAUUGAUAACUAUUAUUUUAUUAUUUGCUUACUGACAUUGCAUAAAUGAUCCCUUUCUGUUGUCAUGUAAAAUAGAGAAAGUUGCACACUCUAUAUGCUCCCAAUGAUUUCAUGGGUAUAAAUCAUCAAAAACACCCUUUCUUUUUUCAACUGAUUUUUAUAUUUCUCUCCAGAAUGCAGAGGAAACAGUGUGUCACAGCCAAAAGGAGUUGAGACUGCCACCGAAGGAGGACAAAUAACACUUACCUGUCAUUACAAAACAGACGAUCCAGGUCCAUAUCUAUUCUGGUACAAACAGCGAGCUAACGACCACCCCAAGUAUAUGCUUAUGCGGCAAAAAUUUGGAACGGGGGACAAUGCUACUGAGUUCAACGAGAGAUUUCAUGCUGAUCUAGAUGCCAACUCCAAAUCAGUCCCCUUGACAAUCCAGAGGUUGCAGCUGUCUGACUCUGCUGUGUACUACUGUGCUCUGAGGCCCACUGUGACAACAGGAUGUACAGCCCCCUUACAAAAACAUACUGAGCUACACAAUGACAAUACACCUGUCUGUACAACACCACUUUGAAAUUGACACAGUAACCUUCUCACUACCUCCCUGAUACUACCAAGACUAGUGGUAGCAGAUGAUGGUAAUCAUAGUGAUGAUGAUGAUGAUGAUGAUGAUGAUGAUGAUGAUGAUGAUGAUGAUGAUGAUGAUGAUGAUUAUACAGAAAGUCUUUGUUGUUGCCAAUAAAGCUCCCUCCUCCAAUUCAGCUCUAAAUGUAGAUGUACGAGACAUAAAAAAUAUAUUUUAAUAUCUCAUGGAUUAGAAAACAUAUAUAUAUAUAUAUAUUUAUAUAUAUAUAUAUAUAUAUAUAUAUAUAUAUAUAUAUAUAUAUAUAUAUAUAUAUAUAUAUAUAUAUAUAUAUAUCUUAGAAUUCAUCAUUAGGAGACAAAAGCAAUACUCAGUAUUGUGAACAGAGUAAUGGAAAAGCCAGCAUCAACCACAAGGGGGCCACAGUACCAUGUGAGUGUUGCUUUCUACUCUGAAAUGACUUGUCUAUUUGAACAUCCCCUCUGUGCUGUGCUGCAUGGUCUAGGCCUGUGCUGCUACAAAGACAGGAAUCAAGAGAACACCAACUUCAUACAAUCUAACAUUUGUUUUUGAUCUUGCUAUAGCAUCAGAAUACAGCCAUCAGUAGCUGAGGUUUGAUCUCCAGUGUAAGAUUGCUAUGCAUAAAUGUCUAAUUCUCCUUGUGGCCUCAGGUAAAUGUCUAUGAUAUAUUGAGCACCUCACUUUUAACCUCAAGGAUCGGACCCUUUUUUUCAAUUUUCACCUCAAAUGACAUACCCAAAUCUAACUGCCUGUAUUUCAGGACCUGAAGGAAGGAUAUGCAUAUUCUUGAUACCAUUUGAAAGGAAACACUGAAGUUUGUGGAAAUGUGAAAUUAAUUUUAGGAGAAUAUAACACAUUAGAUCUGGUAAAAGAUAAUAUAAUCUUUGAAAUGCAAGAGAAAGGCCACAAUAUAAUAUUGCAGUUUAGGCGCAAUUUAGCAGUGUGUGUGCAAAGUUUCAGAUUGAUCCAGUGAAGCAUUGCAAUACUGGACUAUUUUGUAUCAAGUCUGGUCAAACGUGCCGAAAUGGUCAAUUGAUACAAAAAUUAUAUGGUAAUACAAAAUGUAAGUUUACACACUCCCAGGAAUGUCAUACAUGAUGGAUCAUUAGCUUAUACAGUAACUUUCACACAUCUAGAUGGCCGGGCAGGUUGGGUGUGGAGCCAGAGACAGCAGGGGUUCAAACUGUAGAACCCAGUUCCUACAUUUUAAUAUAAAAUUGAUUUUAUCAAACACAACUAUGCUACAUUUUAUCUCUGGGACCCUUAGGAUGACAAAUCAGAGCAAGAUUACUGAAUGUAAGUACAUUAUUUACCUUCAGAGGUGAAUGUAUAAAACCAGUUGCCGUGAUACAUUUUUAGUUGUUGUGCACUCUCCUCAAACAAUGGCAUGGUAUAUUUUCACUGUAAUAGCUACUGUAAAUUGGACAGUGCAGUUAGAUUAACAAGAAUUUAAGCUUUUUGCCCAUAUAAGACAUGUCUAUGUCCUGGAAGGUUUGCUGUUACUUACAACAGUCAUGCUAAUCACAUUAGAGCACGUUAGCUCAACCGUCCCGUAUACUGGACACCUAUCCCGUAGAGGUUAACAUUAGUUGCAUUGCUAGAAUAGAAAAUUAUACUGUUACCAUUACAUGAUAAGUUACAGUGAGACAGAAUGUUAUGUACAGUAUUUUCAUUUGGGUUAUAAUGUUAUAUUUCUAUGUACAGUAGUAAUACUGAAUUAUCUUUCCAGAACUGAUUGCUGGGGAUCACAUUACUACUGUAAAGCCCAGAGUCAUCUGUACAGAAGGAGAAUCUGUGACACUGCAUUGCUCAUAUGAUACAAGCAUUGAUAAUAUUCUGCUUUAUUGGUACCAGCAGUACCCUAAACAGGCACCUUAGUUUCUAAUGGUUAAGGUGCCACAUAAAGUACCAGUUAACAUUCCUCUGAUAGUUGAUAUAAAUCCACAAAGUAUAGCAUCUGAACUGGUCAUAAAACAUCUAACCCUGGCAGACACAGCUCUCUACUACUGUGCUUUUGGGAAAGAUAGGAAGGUGCUUACAUUUUUCUGAGAAGCUGUACAAAAACCUAAACCUGGAUAAUUAUUUGAUUCUCCCAUCUUGAUGGAAACUGUUUCUAGACCAUAAUUUAAAAUCAGAUACACUCAAGAUGUUUUUAGGCUACCAGAGUGAUUGUGGUAACACCUGUUAAUGUCCUCUCUCCUUUCAAGAGUGAUUAGUACAGCAGCCUAUCAACAACUGCACUAGUGUAGAGAACUGAACCUCUGUAGUAGAUGUGACAUUGGUCUGUCAGCUAGUGUGACACACAGUAACCCACAGAGGAACACUUUCAGAGGUCAGUCUGAAGAUGGUGAAAUUAAAGCAUUUGAAAAUUCAGAAGAUCCUCUGAAAAAUGAGUUGUGUUGUGUUUAGAGGAGCUAGUAUGAGAAUGAAAAGGAGAGACUCAAAAUGGCAUGAAGGUCUUUCCUCAGUGCAUUGUAAGCUUGUCUCUCUAACAUUAACCAUGCUGUGCUGGUUCAACCUGUACUUUGUAACAUUUGUGGGCAAGUAAAAUACAUUUAACAGUCAUGAUAAUGUGUCAUUACUUCAUUACAAGCUUGGAAAAACAACACACAAGCUUUGACAGGACAAAUAUAACUUAUAUCUCACAUGUCAGUUUUCUGCAGGUGAUAGUUGUGGGGAUGGAAUUUACUCCAACAGUCUUGAGAAGGAUGUGAUACAUGGUGGCAGUGUCAAGCUUUCCUGCAACUACACAGUAUCUGGUGGAGGCAGUGUCUUAUGGUAUCACCAAUAUCCCACAUCUGCUCCCCAAUUCCUCCUCCUUAUCUCAGUGUAAUCAGCAUCUGCUGAGACAAUAGUUACUGCAGAUCCACCGUAUCCUCGACUGUAAGUUAACGUUGACAAAGUGGCUGAACGUGUGGAUCUGGAGAUCUCCUCUGCUAAAGUGGCAGACUCUGCUCUGUACUACUAUGCUCUGAGGCCCACAGUGACAGGAAACCCAGAAACACUACAAAUACCUUCCUGUAAUAAAGUCCUACUAGUAAACACCAUAUAAUAGGCAAGCAGCUGCAAACAAAUGAUCAUGAUUAUCCAUCAAUAAUUCUGAUGUAAUGUGGGUCCAUUUACUGAAUAGGAGUAGCUAAGAUGAGAGGUGGAGAGAUGAUUCUCCUCUAACUGACUGGAACAGUGGGAUGUCUUCAGUUUUGCCUCCUGAUAACUCACUGUUACACCCAUCACCAUGUUUCUCUAUCCAGUGUUUCUCCUCUCUGCACUUGUUGGUGAGUAUUAGUCUGACAUUACAUACUUCUAGUUUAUUCAAGGUAACUGUCAAGUGUCAUUUAAAAAUAGCACUUCAUAGAAGAAAUGUAAAUGACUGAUUAUCUUUUCACUUGUGUCGAAUAUGACUCAGAGUAUGUAAUAAUUUCCCAUGAACUGAAAAUGUUAAUCUAAACGUAACUUUAUUACAGGAGGAAGUUAUGAAAAUGACAUAAAACCAACUUCAGAGACAGAACAUGGCAUGGAGGGAAGCAGUGUUACACUGUCUUGCAACUACUCUGGCUCAGUAGAAAAUCUUCUAUGGUAUCGGUAAUAUCCCAGAUCAGCACCCCAAUUCCUCCUCUACACUACAAUCUCCUUAAAACCCUCUGUAAUAAGAGCUAAACCUGAAGACCCUUGACUGUCUGUUAAUCUGAAUAAAGAGAGAACAAAUGAAUCUGAGAUACAAAUAAUAUUACUACACAGAUCAUACACGUAACGUUAGUUAGCUAGCCAGUCAGCAAACGUUAGCUAGCUAGCUAACAGUACACUUUAACUUGAAAUGAAAACAACUUUCUGACAAAAUUAGAAACGUGUAAUAUCUGAAAAUGUAGCUAGGUAGACUCUCUUACCCAUAUACAUGGAUGGACGCUUCUCCCUCUCUGUCACGGAUGCGAUGGUUGCCCUUAGUUUGAAGAUGUAAUCCGGAGACGUGUUUUAUACAACAGCCUUCUGUGUGUUCUCUUUUCGACUCCGUCUGCAUAUUUGCAAUUUUCGCUCUCCUUAGCUAUCAUGCUCUAUUUCCACUGAUUUCAAAACUCGGUCCUCCAGAAAGUGGAGAGCAACACUUAUGCAGUUCUACUACAUGAUAUCUUUCAAAAAAGCCACGUUGGAAAGGAUUACCUAAACAUAAUGACCAGCUCAUGUUAUGGAUAGAAGCGUGCUACAUGGCAGACCAAUCCGAACUCAUCUCUUGGCAUGUCCAGCCCACUCAUUAUCUCAGCCAAUCAUGGCUAGUGGGAAGGUUGCAGUCUUUUUCCGUGGCUAAACCAACUAAGCUCUUUUAUUCAUAUUUACAGAUGGCAUACAAGUUUGUUAUUAAGGCACAUGAAAGUUCACAUGUUCCAGAAGGCACUUCUGCCCAAACAUAGUACGUUCAAAUGGAGCUCCCGUGAAGUAGUGACGCGCGACAUAUGCCUAGUUUCCUGAAACAAGUCACAAAUGAGAGGAGAGGAGAGGAGAGGAGAGGAGAGGAGAGGAGAGGAGAGGAGAGGAGAGGAGAGGAGAGGAGAGGAGAGGAGAGGAGAGGAGAGGAGAGGAGAGGAGAGGAGAGGAGAGGAGAGGAGAGGAGAGAUUGAGCAUUUUUAUAGCAACUGUACUUUGUGGUGGAGCUUGUAGGUAAACAAAGCAGAAAUGAUCAACUGUUCUUUUUUACAGGUACAAGUAUUGAAGACAUAAUUACUCCAGACAGAGAUGUAGUGGAUGUUAUGGAGGGUAGUAGUGUUAAACUCUCCUGUCGAUUCAACAGCUAAUUAACCAACAGUGAUGUAACCGUCAGCACCCUGGAUCCUCUCCACAGUUCCUCAUGGACUCCUGUGGGAUCAUAACCAACACUGAUAGUACAAAAUGGACCCACACACAUGAACAAGAGGAAAACGUGUGGAUCUGGAGAUCUCCUCUGCUGAAGUGACAGACUCUUCUCUGUACUACUGUUCUUUGAGGCCCACAGUGACAGUUAACCCAGAAACACUGUAGAAAAACAGACAAUACAAACACAGAUAACAUAACAUAAUAAGUAUAUAGGUUGUAUGUUGGGAGCUUUUGGGAAAGAGCACAGUUAGAAAGAUAUGGCAUUUAGAAGCAAACCGGAUGGACAUCAUGAAAAUGAUCGGAGAGGUUGAGAGUAGAAGAAGUUCAGGAGCAAAAAAAUAAAUAAAUAUAUAUAUAUAUAUAUAUAUAUAUAGAUAUAUAGAAUUAUUGUAAAAUUAACUCUGUCCAUAAGGUGUAGAUAGUAAGUAUAGACCGGAAGUAGAGGCCUGGGCGUUGUUGUUCACUAAUUUACUCCAAGUAGGGAAAGGAUGGUGGGGUUGAAAAGUAAUAAAGGGGAAUAUAUAUAUAAAAAAUAAAAAUAAACAUGGGGGAUUGGAAGUGAUGCAGACAAUUACAUUGAUAGAAGAUGCAAUCUAUCUGCAAUAUUAAGCUGAUCCAUCCCCCGUAAAAAAAAAAAAAAAAAAAAAAAAAAAAAAAAACACAGAUAACCUGAAUCGGAGAUCCAUAGAAACCCCUAGAACCUGAGUCUGAAUAUAUCUUAUCUUCCAUCCAUUAUAUUCGCUUCCUUUAAUAUGAAACGUAUUUAUAUAUUCAACUACUUUUUGUGAGGAGGAGGAUAAUUUAAUAUACUGUUUGAAUAGGUAGGGUUUCAGAUGUUUUCGGAAGAUGUGCAGGGACUCUGCUGUCCUAGCUUUAGGGGGAAGCGUGUUCCACCAUUGGUUUGCCAGGAUAGAGAAGAGCUUGGACUAGGCUGAGCGGAAGCUUCCCUCCCAUAGGGGUGGGAGGUUCAAGAGACCUGAAGUUGCAGAACGGAGUGCUCGGGUUGGGGUGUAGGGUUUGAGCAUAGCCUGAAGGUAGGGAUUGGCAGUUCCUCUUGCUGUUCAGUAGUUAUGCACCAUGGUCCUGGAGUGGAUGCGAGCUUUGACUGGAAGCCAGUGGAGUGUGCGGAGGAGUGGGGUGACAUGAGAGAACUUGGGAAGGUAGAAAACCAGGCGGGCUGGAGCGUUCUGGAUAAGUUGCAGCGGUAAGACGGCACAAGUCGGGAGCCCAGCCAAGAGCGAGUUGCAGUAGUUCAGACGGGAGAGGACAAGUGCCUGCAGUCCAGAUGAUGGGCACAGGUGGGCAAUGGCAUCACCAUCCUGGCACAGGAGUGGAGCAGCUGACCGGCGCUGGACACUCUGGACUGCAGACCGUCGCUGGAGGCUCUGGACUGCAGACCAACAACUUGGGUUCUACAAGUUUGGUAAAAACAAAAAGAGGAAAUGCCCAGCGACGGUCUGCAGUCCAGAGCCUCCAGCGACGAACAGUUUAUCAUUUCUGCUUUGUUUACCUACAAGCUCCACCACAAAGUACAGUUGCUAUAAAAAUGCUCAAUCUCUCCUCUCCUCUCCUCUCCUCUCCUCUCCUCUCCUCUCCUCUCCUCUCCUCUCCUCUCCUCUCCUCUCCUCUCCUCUCCUCUCCUCUCCCCUCUCCUCUCCUCUCCUCUCCUCUCCUCUCCGUCGCUGGAGGCUCUGGACUGCAGACCGUCGCUGGGCAUUUCCUCUUUUUGUUUUUACCAAUCUUUUAGAACCUAAAUCCAAUGACAUGGUGACAUUUGUUGUUGGUCUGCAGUCCAGAGCCUCCAGCGACGGUCUGCAGUCCAGAGUGUCCAGCGCCGGUCAGCUGCUCCACUCCUGUGCCAGGAUGGUGAUGCCAUUGCCCAUCAUUUGCGUUAAUGUGCACUGCGAUGACAGGAAUGAUCCCACUUUUUGCACAUCAUUUCAACCCAAAAAAUCUAUGUGAUGACGCUGAAUAAAUGUGGAAAACUGAUUGGGUUUCCAAAAAGUAAUCAACGUAAGGGCAUUUCCUCUUUUUGUUUUUACCAAACUUUUAGAACCUAAAUCCAAUGACAUGGUGACAUUUGUUGUUGGUUUUAUGUUGAAUUCACGGUUAUUUCACAACUGUAGACAUUGAACUGAUGUCUGUGAGGUUGUGAACAUUGUUGCAUCCCGUGUCAAUCAUUGGUGUCAAUCAUAAAACCAAUCAUCAGUUGACUUGACUACUGUUUUAAAUUUAUAAUUUAGUAAAGAUAACUCUUUGUGACAUCGGGCAGCAUAGCCCAGGUCUAUAUUGGACUGGUUCAUGGGCUACUGUGGUCUGUGACUUUCUUUCAGAUUUUGUUGCAAACCCUUACUAGACAUAUGAUUUGAUUUGAUUUGUCAGAUUUGGCCUGAACAGAAAAUAUAUUUCUCCAAGGCCCAUAACAACUGCCCAAUUAUAAUUUGUAAAUUAUUUGGAGAAGAGGAUAACAUUCAGUAAAAUAAAAAUAUAAUGGUUCUAAAUACAGAAAAUGUUCAAGGCAGUUCAACAAAUCAAUGAAAUAUACAAUAAGCUCCUCCCCUACUGCAGAGCCCCACAAUUAUGAGACUUCCCAGCUACAAUGGAUGGAACUUAAAGUCUAUAACAGUCAAUUCUUCCUCUAUACAUGAAUCAUAAUGGAACAUUGGCUUAGGAAUACUGUACUUAUCCUGGCUGCAUGCUAUUUUGGUAUGGUAAAGUGCUUCUCCUUUCUACAUUAUCAUUCUCUAAACCUUACCAUAUUAUGUGUUAUAAAACCCCACAUUUAUUUUGUUCAUAUUGCAAAGGUGGAGUGGCUGUUGACCAGCAGAGUGGACAUGUUACUGCCCUUGAAGGAGGACUGGUAACACUCAGCUGUAACUACACUACUAGCAGUUGAUGGGUUCUGACUUCUAAUCUUGAAAUAUUGUUAAUCAUCAGGUAUCCUAUGGAAGUGAGAAGGGCCACAGUCUGGUUUCUACACCAGAAGUUAAUGGUUAUCUGUAGAAGGAAUGUAUAUGGUGGGGUCAAUUAAGGUUGGAUAUGAGCCAGGGACUUGGAAUGUACUGAGUAAAGGAAUGACAAUCACAUGGUUGAGGUCACUGAUAAGGGUGGAGAGCUGUGGAUUAGUGAGGAAGGGGGCCGAGGUCAGGUCAUGUCACAUUAAGGGAGAAGGAACCGUUUAUUACCCACAUCACUUAACUUCCUGUCUAGCAAUAAAGAUGUAAUGUUUAGAGGGAAGGAGGAGUUCUCCUAAAUUGGAGUAUAUAUAUUUGUGUUGGUGGGAACAUGUCUUUGUCAGUUCAGCUGUCUGACCCUUGGGUGAAUAAACUUGGUUUGAGCUUUUAUUAAGUUGUCCGUGAGUUUUUACUCUGGUUAUUUAAAACCUAACACAGUACGACGUCUCCUGAUCUCUUCUGGUACAUCCAGUUAACUAGGGACUCUCCACAGUAUGUCCUGAGAAGAGAUCGUUAUUCAGAAGUGAGCAAUAGUGAUGAGUUCAAGAAGAGGUUUGAUUCCAGGCUGAAUUUCACAUCUAGCUCUGUCCCCUUGACGAUCCAGAGGUUGCAGCUGUCUGACUCUGCUGUGUACUAUUGUGCUCUGAGGUCCACUGUGACAACAGGAUGGACAGCCCCCUUACAAAAACUAUUUGAUAGUGUGAUAUAAGACUCUUAGAGGGCAUAGUUUAAGCUCCUCCUCCACCUCAAUACUUCCUAUAAGACAGAGUUAAAGCAUUCAAAGACACAUACAAGUGUGUUUGCUCUCUCCUCAGCUACCCAUCUCACAGUUGACAUGGAAGCUUGGCUGAAGAAUAUUCUGAUUCUUACUGCUUUUUGUUGUGGUAUGAUCGAUAACUAUGAUUUUAUUUAUUUGCUUACUGACAUUGCAUAAAUAUCCCUUUCUGUUGUCAUGUAAAAUAGAGAAAGUUGCACACUCUAUAUGCUCCAAAUGAUUUAAUGGGUAUAAAUCAUCAAAAACACCCUUUCUUUUUUCAACUUAUUUUUUUAUUUCUCUCCAGAAUGCAGAGGAGACAGUGUGUCACAGCCAAAAGAAGAUGAGACUACUACCGAAGGAGGACAAAUAACACUUACCUGUCAUUACAAAACAGACGAUGCAAGUCCAUAUCUAUUCUGGUACAAACAGCGAGCUAACGACUACCCCAAGUAUAUGCUUAUGCGGCACAAAUUUGGAACGGGGGACAAUGCUACUGAGUUCAAGGAGAGAUUUCAUGCCGAUCUAGAUGCCAACUCCAAAUCAGUCCCUUUGACUAUCCAGAGGUUGCAGCUGUCUGACUCUGCUGUGUACUACUGUGCUCUGAGGCCCACUGUGACAACAGGAUAUACAGCCCCCUUACAAAAACAUACUGAGCUAUAAAAUGACAAUACACCUGUCGGGACAGUAUACAACACCACUUUGAAAUGGACACAGUAACCUUCUCACUACCUCCCUGAUACUACCAAGACUAGUGGUAGCAGAUGAUGAUAAUCAUAGUGAUGAUAAUGAUGAUGAUGAUGAUGAUGAUGAUGAUGAUGAUGAUGAUGAUGAUGAUGAUGAUGAUGAUUAUACAGAAAGUAUUUGUUGUUGCCAAUAAAGCGCCCUCCAAUUCAGCUCUAAAUGUAGAUGUACGAGACAUAAAAAUUAUAUUUUAACAUCUCAUGGAUUAGAAAACAUACAGAUAUAUCUUAGAAUUCAUCAUUAGGAGACAAAAGCAAUGCUCAGUAUUGUGAACAGAGUAAUGGAAAAGCCAGCAUCAACCACAAGGGGGCCACAGUACCAUGUGAGUGUUGCUUUCUACUCUGAAAUGACCUAGUCUAUUUGAACAUCCCCUCUGUGCUGUGCUGCAUGGUCUAGGCCUGUGCUGCUACAAAGACAGGAAUCAAGAGAACACCAGCUUCAUACAAUCUAACAUUUGUUUUUGAUCUUGCUAUAGCAUCAGAAUACAGCCAUCAGUAGCUGAGGUUUGAUCUCCAGUGUAAGACUGCCAUGCAUACAUGUCUAAUUCUCCUUGUGGCCUCAGGUAAAUGUCUAUGAUGUAUUGAGCACCUCACUUUUAACCUCAAGGAUCUGACCAUUUUUUUCAAUUUUCGCCUCAAAUGACAUACCCAAAUCUAACUGCCUGUAUUUCAGGACCUGAAGGAAGGAUAUGCAUAUUCUUGAUACCAUUUGAAAGGAAACACUCUGAAGUUUGUGGAAAUGUGAAAUUAAUUUAGGAGAAUAUAACACAUUAGAUCUGGUAAAAUAUAAUAUUAUCUUUGAAAUGCAAGAGAAAGGCCACAAUAUAAUAUUGCAGUUUAGGCGCAAUUUAGCAGUUUGUGUUCAAAGUUUCAGAUUGAUCCAGUGAAGCAUUGCAAUUCUGGACUAUUUUGUAUCAAGAGUGCCCAAAUGUGCCGAAUUGGUAAAUUGAUACAAAAAUGAUAUGGUAAUACAAAAUGUAAGUUUACACACUCCCAGGAAUGUCAUACAUGAUGGAUCAUUAGCUUAUACAGUAACUUUUACACAUCUAGAUGGCCAGGCAGGUUGGGUGUGGAGCCAGAGACAGCAGGGGUUCAAACUGUAGAACCCAGUUCCUACAUUUUAAUAUAAAAUUGAUUUUAUCAAACACAACUAUGCUACAUUUUAUCUUUGGGACCCUUAGCAUGACAAAUCAGAGCAAGAUUACUGAAUGUAAGUACAUUAUUUACCUUCAGAGGUGAAUGUGUAAAACCAGUUGCCGUGAUACGUUUUUUGUUGUUGUGCACUCUCCUCAAACAAUACCAUGGUAUUUUUGACUGUAAUUGCAACUGUAAUUUGGACAGUGCAGUUAGAUUAACAAGAAUUUAAGCUUGCUGCCCAUAUAUGACAUGUCUAUGUCCUGGAAGGUUUGCUGUUACUUACAACAGUCAUGCUAAUCACAAUAGAGUACGUUAGCUCAACCGUCCCGUAUACUGGACACCUAUCCCUUAGAGGUUAUCAUGUGUUGCAUUACUAGAAUAUAAAAUUAUACUGUUACCGUUACAUGAUAUGUUACAGUGAGACAGAAUGUUAUGUACAGUAUUAUCAUUUUGAUUUUAUUGUUCUAUUUCUGUGUACAGUGGUAAUACUGCAUUUACUGCAUUAUCUUUACAGAACUGAUUACUGGGGAUCACAUUACUCCUGUAAAGCCCAGAGUCAUCUGUACAGAAGGAGAAUCUGUGACACUGAGUUGUUCAUAUGAUACAAGCAGUGAUAAUAUUCUGCUUUAUUGGUACCAGCCGUACCCUAAACUUGCACCUCAGUUUGGUUAAGGUGCCACAUAAAGUACCAGUUAACAUUCCUCUGAUAGUUGAUAUAAAUCCACAACGUAUAGCAUCUGAACUGGUCAUAAAACAUCUAACCCUGGCAGACACAGCUCUCUACAACUGUGCUUUUGGGAAAGCAAGGAAGGUGCUUACAUUUUUCUGAGAAGCUGUACAAAAACCUAAACCUGGAAAACUAUUUGAUUCUCCCAUCUUGAUGGAAACUGUUUCUAGACCAUAAUUUUAAAUCAGAUACACUCAAUAUGUUUUUAGGCUACCAGAGUGAUUGUGGUUACACCUGUAAAUGUCCUCUCUCCUUUCAAGAGUGAUUAGUACAGCAGCCUAUCAACAACUGCACUAGUGUAGAAAAUUGAACCUCUGUAGUAGAUGUGACAUUGGUCUGUCAGCUAAUGUCACACAGUAACCCACAGAGGAACACUUUCAGAGGAGAGUGAAUGCAUGCAAACAUCAGUCUGAAGAUGGUGAAAUCAAAGCAUUUAAAAAUACAUUUUUCUUCCUGUUAUUCAUUCACUUCAGAAGAUCCUCUGAAAAAUGAGUUGUGUUGUGUUUAGAGGAGGAGCUAGUAUGAGAAUGAAAAGGAGAGACUCAAAAUGGCAUGAAGGUCUUUCCUCAGUGCAUUGUAAGCUUGUCUCUAACAUUAACCAUGCUUUGCUUGUUCAACCUGUUCAUUUUAACAUUUGUGGGUAAGUAAAAUACAUUUAACAGUCAUGAUAAUGUGUCAUUACUUCAUUACAUGCUUGGAAAAACAACACACAAGCUUUGACAGGACAAAUAUAACUUAUAUUUCACAUAUCAGUUUUCUGCAGGUGAUAGUUCUGGGGAUGGAACUUUCUCCAACAGUCUUGAGGAGGAUGUGAUACAUGGUGGCAGUGUCAAGCUUUCCUGCAACUACACAGUAUCUGGUGGAGGCAGUGUCUUAUGGUAUCACCAAUAUCCCACAUCUGCUCCCCAAUUCCUCCUCCUUAUCUCAGUGUAAUCAGCAUCUGCUGAGACAAUAGUUACUGCAGAUCCACCGAAUCCUCGACUGUCAGUUAACUUUGACAAAGUGGCUGAACGUGUGGAUCUGGAGAUCUCCUCUGCUAAAGUGGCAGACUCUGCUCUGUACUAUUGUGCUUUGAGGCCCACAGUGACAGGAAACCCAGAAACACUACAAAUACAUUCCUGUAAUAAAGUCCUACUAGUAAACACCAUGUAAUAGGCAAGCAGCUGCAAACAAAUGAUCAGAGAUCAUGUUCAUGAUGAUCCAUCAAUAAUUCUGAUGUAAUGUGUGUCCAUUUACUGAAUAGGAGUAGCUAAGAUGAGAGGUGGAGAGAUGAUUCUCCUCUAACUGACUGGAACAGUGGGAUGUCUUCAGUUUUGCCUCCUGAUAACUCACUGUUACACCCAUCACCAUGUUUCUCUAUCCAGUGUUUCUCCUCUCUGCACUUGUUGGUGAGUAUUAGUCUGACAUUACAUACUUCUAGUUUAUUCAAGGUAACUGUCAAGUGUCAUUUAAAAAUAGCACUUCGUAGAAGAAAUGUAAAUGACUGAUUAUCUUUUCACUUGUAUCGAAAAUGAGUAUGUAAUAAUUUCCCAUGAACUGAAAAUGUUAAUCUAAACGUAACUUUAUUACAGGAGGAAGUUAUGAAAAUGACAUAAAACCAACUUCAGAGACAGAACAUGGCAUGGAGGGAAGCAGUGUUACACUGUCUUGCAACUACUCUGGCUCAGUAGUCAAUCCUCUAUGGUAUUGUCAAUAACCCAGAUCAGCACCCCAAUUCCUCCUCUACACUACAAUCUCCUUAAAACCCUCAGUAAUAAGAGCUAAACCUGAAGACCCUUGACUGUCUGUUAAUCUGAAUAAAGAAAGAACAAAUGGCUCUGAGAUAUAAAUAAUAUUCUUACACAGAUCAUACACGUAACGUUAGUUAGCUAGCCAGCCAGCAAACGUUAGCUAGCUAGCUAACAGUACACUUUAACUUGAAAUGAAAACAACUUUCUGACAAAAUUAGAAAUGUGUAAAAUCUGAAAAUGUAGCUUCUCCCUCUCUGUCACGGAUGCCAUGGUUGCCCUUAGUUUGAAGAUGUAAUCCGGAGACGUGUUUUAUACAACAGCCUUCUGUGUGUUCUCUUUUCGACUCCGUCUGCAUAUUUGCAAUUUUCGCUCUCCUUAGCUAUCAUGCUCUAUUUCCACUGAUUUCAAAACUCGGUCCUCCAGAAAGUGGAGAGCAACACUUAUGCAGUACUACUACAUGAUAUCUUUAAAAAAAGCCACGUUAGAAAGGAUUACCUACACAUACUGACCAGCUCUUGUUAUGGACAGAAGCGUGCUACAUGGCAGACCAAUCCGAACUCAUCUCUUGGCAUGUCCAGCCCACUCAUUAUCUCAGCCAAUCAUGGCUAGUGGGAAGGUUGCAGUCUUUUUCUGUGGCUAAACCAACUAAGCUCGUAAUUUAACAAUGUUAUUCGUAUUUACAGAUGGCAUACACGUUUGUUAUUAAGGCACAUGAAAGUUCAUAUGUUCCAGAAGGCAUUUCUGCCCAAACAUAAUACGUUCAAAUGGAGCUCCUGUGAAGUAGUGACGGGCGACAUAGGGCUAGUUUACUGAAACAAGUCACAAAUGAGAGGAGAGGAGAGGAGAGGAGAGGAGAGGAGAGGAGAGGAGAGGAGAGGAGAGGAGAGGAGAGGAGAGGAGAGGAGAGGAGAGGAGAGGAGAGGAGGAGAGGAGAGGAGAGGAGAGGAGAGGAGAGGGAGGGAGGAGAGGGAGAGGAGAGAUUGAGCAUUUUUAUAGCAACUGUACUUUGUGGUGGAGCUUGUAGGUAAACAAAGCAGAAAUGAUCAACUGUUCUUUUUUACAGGUACAAGUAUUGAAGACAUAGUUACCCCAGACAGAGAUGUAGUGGAUGUUAUGGAGGGUAGUAGUGUUAAACUCUCCUGUAGAUACAACAGC